AUGCCUCGUGGAGCAGAGUACGAUGACGGAGUGCCCCGGUCCGACAAUGCUAUUGAAAAUGGCGAGAACAAAGUACACGGCGCAGGAAAGACCACGGAUGAGGCCAGCAUCGAACGCGCAAACAAGACUGCAGCUAUGCCCGAUCUGAGCGAGGUUAAGGAUGGAGUCGCCAGCGGGGGAACAGCUCCAGGUCAUCAAGAUGGACAUGGCCAUGAGGCGCCGCGGACUUCUGGUGAGAAGAAAGGCACGUUCCCUAACAACAAUUAUGGAAAAGCAGGGCCGCAUCCGGUAGAUGAAGUGCAGAAUAUCCCUGCGGUUCGCAGAUGA